AUGAACGGCCACUUCUCCGCCGUCGGCGACCAGCCGGCCAACGGCCAUUAUGAACAUGGCUGUCAGGUCAUAGACGAGGAAAAGGAGUUCAACCGCAACCUCAAUGACUACCUCCAAACCAUGCAUGUUACCGAAGCAGGCUUCAACUACCAUCUCAUCUCCGUCUUCGGUUCCCAGUCCACGGGAAAGUCGACCCUGCUGAACCAUCUCUUCGGCACCACCUUCUCCGUCAUGUCAGAGACAGAACGCCGCCAGACGACAAAGGGCAUCUGGCUGUCCAAGAACAAGCGCGAGACGAGCGCGGGGACCAAGAUGGCAGACAACAUCCUCGUCAUGGAUGUCGAGGGUACCGACGGCCGCGAGCGUGGAGAAGACCAGGACUUUGAGCGCAAGAGCGCCCUGUUCGCGCUGGCCACCAGCGAGGUUCUCCUCGUCAACAUCUGGGAACACCAGGUUGGCUUGUACCAAGGAGCCAACAUGGGCCUGCUCAAGACGGUGUUUGAGGUCAACCUGCAGUUGUUCCAGAAAGACAAAAAUUCAACCCCCCGAUCUCUCUUGUUCUUCGUCAUCCGAGACCACAUUGGAGUUACGCCGCUGUCUGCGCUCCAAAACACCUUGAUCCAGGAUCUCCAGAAGAUAUGGUCCUCCAUUUCCAAACCAGAGGGUCUGGAGCAGUCCCGGAUCGAAGACUACUUCGACUUUGGCUUUGCUGCCCUGCCCCACAAGAUCCUCCAAGGAGAGAAGUUUGAGAGUGAAGUCGCGCAACUCGGAGCGAGAUUCACCACAGGGCACCGAGUGGCAAAGGGGGGUGAUGGCGGUGUUGCAGAGACCGAGGGUGGCAUUCUCCUGCCCGAGUACCACAGGCGAAUCCCCGCAGACGGUCUGUCCGUAUAUGCAGAGGGCAUCUGGGACCAGAUCGUCAACAACAAGGACCUGGAUUUGCCGACACAGCAAGAGCUUCUCGCUCAAUUCCGAUGCGACGAGAUCUCUCGGGAAGUUCUGGUUGCCUUUGACCAGCAGCUGACGCCCCUUGAGGAGAAGCAGACACAGUCUUCCAAGCUCGGCAAGGCCGUUGUCCUCCCCGACCUAGGCUCCAUCGCUAGCGAGGCUCGCGAGAAAUGCUUCAAGGCCUUUGAAGUGCAGGCUAGCAGAUACCACAAAGGCGUCUACUCCCGGAAGAAGCAGGAGCUGGAGAGCAAGGUUGACGGGCGACUCAAGACCCUGUACCAAGGGCAGAUCGCGGCAGCUCACAAGGCCGGGGUCGCAGCCUUUAGCGAGGCCGUUGCGAACAAGGUCAAGGCCGGGCAAAAGGCCGGCGGAGGCUACGAGUUUGCCGAAAUCGUUUCCAACGAGAAGAAGAAGACCAUGGACAUCUUCAAGGCAGAGGUGGACAGCCUCGCCAUUGAGGGCGUCGACUGGACCAACUUCGAGGCUCAAAACCAGCUGUUUGAGGCCGAACUCGAUGAGGUUAGCAGCAAGCUGCGCAAGGACGAAAUCCGACGACUAGCCACACGGGUGGAGCGCUGGGUCAAGUCCAGGCUGGGCGAUGCUGUUGGCCUGGAGUUUAACAAGCUCGGGUCCGGCCGAGGCGGCUCGGGAGCGCCCGAAGAAGGCGAGAAGCCGGCGACGGAAAAGGACCUCUGGGACCGAAUCUGGAACGUCUUCACCGGCGUCGUCAGCGAAGCCGAGGUCCGGUUUAGUGACCGAGCCAAGAGCUUCGAUGCUAGCGAUGCCGAAGUCGAGGUCGGCCUGUGGCGCCUGCGACGCAAGAGCUGGACCGCGCUCCGGGAGAAGAUCGAGGAGGAGGUCAUGGAGGGCAACAUCCUCAUGAAGCUUAGGGAGAACUUUGAGGACAAGUUCCGCUACGACGAGGCCGGCGUGCCGCGCAUCUGGAGGCCCACGGACGACAUCGAGGGCAUCUACACGAGGGCGCGAGAGUCGACGCUGACGCUGAUACCGCUUCUUGCCAAGUUCAAGCUGCUGUCCAGCCAGUCGCCUCCAGACCUGAUCGGCUUCAUCGGCCCGCAGCCCAGCGGAGUCGAGGCCGGUGAUGAAGAGGACCUCGCUCCCAUCGGCGGCGUCGACGAGGAGGAAGGCAAGAGCCUCGAGGAGGAGAUGACGAUGCUGAGCGAGAACAAGCGCCAGGACCUGGUUGUUCGCUUCAAGAAGACGGCCGACGGCGUCUAUGUCGAGGCCAAGCGUAGCGCCAUUGGCGGCAUGACACAGGUGCCCUGGUACUUUUACGUGCUGCUCCUCGUUCUCGGCUGGAACGAGAUCUGGAUGGUUUUGCGCAACCCCUUCAUGUUCAUCCUCCUCAUCCUGCUGGGUGGAGGGACCUACACUGCGUGGUACCUCAACCUCCUGGGCCCCAUGAUGCAGAUGGGCAACGCGGCUGUCGGCCAGGGCUUGGACAUUGCCAAGCAGCAGCUGCGCGACUUUGUCGCCAACUCCGACACCGCCCGACAGGCGCUGGCCAUGCCGGCGAGGCAAGACAGCGACAUUAGCAUGGACACGCUGGACAGCCGAGGGCGCCGAAGGACGACGGGACAAGCCAGCCAGCCCGACGACAACUAG